GAAUAGAACAACCUGGCUCAUAAAGCCAAAGCCUGUAACAAAACAAAACCAAUAAUACAUAUUUAUAUAUAAAAACAACCCAAAUUUUCCAUUAAUCUCACUCUCUCAUCUUUCUCUUCUCUCUUCUCUUCUUCACUAUCCCACUUUAUAUAUAUGAAUAUAUAUUGAAUAGUUAUUAGAAUCCUCAGUUCGCCAUUAAAAUCCUCUCCUACCUUUUCAUCUAUCAAUCUCAUUUGUAUCCUAAAAACUCCCUUACUCUCAUUGAUUUUCAUUCCACCAAACAUGAUUUUCUCUUCAAAAAGAAAAAAACCAAUACCCAUUAUUGUUAUUGUUAGUGUUGAGUUUUAUUCGCUUCUAAUUCUGAGAUAGAGCGAGAUUACCCAUUUUUCAUUUUUGUGGGGUUUUCUCCAUUAUUGAAGCACCACCAGAAAAUGGUUAUUCCAUAUCUGCUUCUUCUUUUGGUGGUUGUGGUUUGUGCAUUCGUGGUGGUUCGUAUGCUUUUGUACAGAACUGGGUUGGUUUAUAUUGUGAACAAAUGGUGGGGAGCUAUGGAGGAUUGCUUUCAUGUCUUCCAAUCAUUCAAAGUCCCCGAAAUCAAUGAAGACACCAUGCAAGAAAAUCAGCUUUACAGAAAAGUUUCAGAUUAUUUGAACUCCUUGACCGCAAUCGAGGACUCCGAUUUCACCAACCUCAUCACCGGGAAAAAGUCCAACGAGAUCGUCCUCAAGCUCGAUCCAAACCAGAAAAUCGAAGACCAUUUUCUCGGGGCGAAACUUGUUUGGGUGAACGAAGGAAAGGGCGAUAAAAUCGACGGUAGAAACUUGGUGCUCAAGAUUCGUAAAGCUGACAAGCGUAGAAUCUUAAGGCCGUAUCUUCAACAUAUACACACCGUUGCCGAUGAGGUUGAGCAGAGAAGAAGAGAUUUGAAGCUUUAUAUGAACAUAUCUUCCGGUCAUCAUCAGAAUGGACGGUGGAGAUCUAUCCCAUUCAGUCAUCCCUCCACCUUCGAGACAAUCGCCAUGGAAGCCGAUCUCAAAGCCAAGGUAAAAUCCGACCUCGAAUCUUUUCUCAAAGCCAAACAAUAUUACCACAGAUUAGGUCGCGUUUGGAAACGAAGCUAUCUAUUAUACGGCCCAUCCGGCACCGGAAAAACAAGCUUCGUCGCCGCCAUGGCCAAUUUCCUCGGAUACGACGUCUACGAUCUCGAUCUUUCCAAAGUUUCCGACGACUCCGAUCUAAAAAUCCUACUGUUGCAGACGACGGCAAAGUCGGUGAUCGUCAUCGAGGAUCUUGACCGGUUCUUGAUCGGGAAACCGACAGACGUGACAUUGCCCGGCGUGUUGAGCUUCAUGGAUGGCUUGUUGAGCUCGUGUGUUGCAGAGGAGAGAAUCAUGGUGUUCACGACGAACGGGAAGGAGAACCUUGACCAGGCAAUACUCCGUCCGGGUCGGGUCGAUGUCCACAUCCAUUUCCCUUUGUGUGAUUUUACCGCUUUUAAAAAUUUGGCAAAUAGUUAUUUGGGUCUCAAAGAACACAAGCUUUUUCCUCAAGUGGAAGAGAUUUUCCAAAACGGGUCGAGUUUGAGCCCUGCCGAGAUCGGAGAACUCAUGAUUGCGAACCGGAACUCGCCUAGUCGAGCCAUCAAAACGGUCAUUACGGCGUUGCAAACGGACGGUGAUGGGCGGGGGAACGGGAAAAUCGGACGGAGGAGUUACGUGGAGGAAUCGGGUCAACCCGGUGGGGUUUUUUGCGAAGGGGUUCACUCGGUUAAAGAUAUUCGGAAACUCUACGGAUUCUUGCGGAUGAAAAGUGGUGCAAGAUCCUCUCAGUCGUUCGAUUCGGGUUCGCAAAAGGAUGGAUGAUUCGGGUAGCGGAGCUCCGAAAGUGACCCGACACAUGUCGCGUGCCUAUUGGGUGCUUAAAAAAAUGAAUGCUCAAUUGGCUGUAUAUGUAUGUGGAUAGGGGUUAAGGAAAAAGGAGGGGCUAAGGGGGUAUUAUGAAACACUUGUUUAUAACGACUCAAUCGGGAAAAUUUGUGGCCUAAAUCAGAAGCUGAUAGUGCCAUAAUAUUCUUGUUAUUAUUUUUUUGGUUGGUUAAUAUAAUUUGGUAGUUUUGGGUAUAGGAAUGUCAUCAGCCUUUGUAUAUUGAAAAGAUUAGGUUUUUAUCAUUAGAAGAAUGGAAGCAUAUCCACAUUGUGAUUGUGGCACAGUUUUUCAAUUACUAUUCUUUCAAUUUUAUGGUUGGUUUUUGAAUAUGUACGCACAGUUUGAUGAGAAAGAUCACAAUUGUUAGAUUUUGUUUAAUCAUAUCAUAUGAAACAAAAACAAAAACUA